AUGAUUCGUUUAACUUACUCAUUGCUUUUACUCGCGGUAUUCACUUCUGUUUAUUCAACAGACUACUUUGUUGAAAAAUUCGAAGAUGAAAGUUACAAAAAUCGUUGGGUCAAGUCAACAGCGAAAUCUGAUUUAGGCGAAUUUAAAUUAUCUCAUGGCAAAUUCUAUGGUGAUGCUAAGAAAGAUCUCGGUCUUCAAACAUCUCAGGACGCUCAUUUUUAUGCUAUUUCGGCUAGUUUUGAUAAGUUUUCAAAUGAAGGCAAAACUCUCGUUAUUCAAUUCACUGUUAAACAUGAACAACAAAUCGACUGCGGCGGUGGCUAUGUAAAAGUCUAUCCCGCUGACACCGAUCAAAAAGGACUUACCGGUGAUUCACCAUAUCACAUCAUGUUCGGUCCUGAUAUUUGCGGCCAUGAAAAAAAGAAAGUUCAUGUGAUCUUUACAUACAAAGGCAAGAAUUUAUUAAUCAAAAAAGAUAUCAAAUGCAAAGAUGACGAGUUCACUCAUUUGUAUACAUUAAUUCUCAAUCCGGACAAUACCUAUGAAGUUCGUAUUGAUGAUGAAAAAGUCGAAAGUGGCAAACUCGAAGAAGAUUGGGACUUCACUGUUCCAAAAAGAAUUCCAGACCCGAACGCCAAGAAACCAUCGGAUUGGGUCGAUGAACCAAAAAUGAACGAUCCAACAGACACAAAACCAGAAGAUUGGGAUAAACCAGAACACAUUCCUGACCCGGACGCCAAGAAACCCGAAGAUUGGGACGAUGAAAUCGAUGGUGCUUGGGAGCCACCUUCAAUUGACAAUCCUGAAUACAAAGGUGUAUGGACAGCUCGUCAAAUCGAUAACCCAGCUUACAAAGGUGCUUGGGUUCAUCCAGAAAUCGACAAUCCCGAAUACGAAGAAGAUCCAAAUCUUUAUCUAUUCAAAGAUAUUGGCGCUAUCGGCCUCGAUUUAUGGCAAGUCAAAUCUGGCACGAUCUUUGACAAUAUUAUUAUCACAGAUAGUGUGAAACGCGCUGAAGAAUUCGGCAAAGAAACAUGGGGCAAAACAAAAGAUGGUGAAAAGAAAAUGAAAGAGAGCGCCGAUGAAGCGGAACGAAAGAAGAUGGAGGAUGAACGAAAGAAACACGAAGCUGAAGACGCCGCGAAGAAGUCAUCCACUACUAAUGACGAUGAUGACGAUGAAGAUACAAAGACAACUCACGUUCACAUAACAGAUGGUAGAAAGAUAAUGGAUACAAUAUUUGAUGAAGAGUUGACGGUGUUGACAUCGAUCUUCAACGAAGAUUUCCAAUUGUUGAAGCAAACUGACGAUGAGUUACCGACAUUCAAUUUAACCAUCCGCUUUGAUUCUUUACCUAAGAAAAUAACUCUGAUUCAUGAAAAAUCAAAUGCAUCAACACAAAUUUCACAUUUACCACCUAUAAUUCUCCGCAUCACUUGUAAACAAACUUAUCCCGAAACAGAUGCGCCGAUUUAUAGCAUCUUUUGUGAUUAUUUACCGGCUGAUCAACUGCUUUCCCUAUCAAAUCAAAUGGACGCCGCGUGGCAACCUGGUGAAGUCAUCAUUUAUACUUGGGUUGAACUAUUGAAAGAUUUCGUAUACAAUCUAUCCAAUGAACUGAUCCUUCGCCCAACUUCAUCGUCGAUUACCGAUCAACGAUUUGUUACGAAUUAUGAUCAAAUUCAAUCUAAACAACUCUAUGAACAACUGAUUGAAUACAAUCGAAUCAAGGAUCAACUUGAGUUCGAUCAAAAUAUUCAUCCGUGUCCCAUAUGUUUACUAGAUGUACCUGGAAAGAAUUGUUUACGAUUUGAGAAAUGUCAACAUUAUGCAUGUCUGUCUUGUUUGAAUUCCUAUGCAGUUGAACAAUUAAAUACAAAUCAUGAACUGAAACAAAUCGCUUGCUACGAUUGUAAUUCGUCGUUGUUUCUUUCUGAGCUUCGUCGAAUGUUUGCUGAUGAUAAACUACUGCUGAAAUAUCAAGAACGCUUGUUAGAACAAACUACAGAUAUGGUCUGGUGUCCACGUUGUCAUCAUUCGACGAUCUGUCCAAUGUCUGAGAGCGUUUCAGGCAAUCAUCUAUCGUUCGCUGAGUGUGCUCAUUGUCAAUUUACGUUCUGCCGUCGUUGUCAAGAAACUUGGCAUCCACAAGUGGAGUGUCCGAAACAGAAACUACUUUCCUCCCUUAUGAAGAAUGAUGGAAAAGAACGAACACGAGGUAGUAAAGUGGAAAUCAAGAAACUCUUGAUGGAGAUUUCCAAUAUUGAAACAAUUGAGCGUUUUUCCAAGCCUUGUCCAGCCUGUUCUGUUCGAAUAGAGAAAAAUGGUGGCUGUCAGCAUAUGCACUGCCGAGCAUGUGGGGUACACUUUUGCUGGGAAUGCGGAUGGUUUGGGAAGGCAUAUGGUGUUCAUCCAUGUCAUCGCAAGCCCGAGCUAACGGGAGCUGCACUUUCGGAUGAGAUCAGUGAGAAAGUUACAAAACUCAUACAUGAUGCAGAUGGCGAACUUAUCCAAGCAGAUGUUACCAAACGACUUCAAUUAUGUCCAAAGGAAGAUUGUCGUCAUGUACAUGUAAAAAUCGGAACGAGAAAUAGUAUAGUUUGCGGAAAAUGUGGAACGAAUUUUUGUUUUCUAUGUGGAGAAACCAUCUAUGGAGAAUUUCAUUUCUCUGAAUACGGUUGUCACCAGUCGACCAAAGUCUAA